UAGCCCAAACAAUCUUCCUUCCAACAGUUCGAAAAAAAUAAAAAAUAAAAACAAUAUUCCUUCGAACUCUCCGCCUCGUAUCUCUUAUAUAACCCGUCUCUCCGAACCUCGAAAUGUUCCUCUCCGUUAAAUCUAACGGUCAUGUCAACUAAAACCGUCGUCCCUCUCCGUCGCAGAUCUAACCCUCUCAACGGAAAACACACUAACGGCGUCUCCGUCGACGGCCAAAGUCGCCGCAUCGGAUCAGUUAAUAGCGAAAUGGAGAACAUUGUCAAGAAAACGGACAACGGCUACGCAAACGGCGGCGGAGGAGGAGGAGGGAGAAGCAAGGCGUCGUUUCUGACGUGGACGGCGCGUGACGCUGUGUACGUGGCGAGACACCAUUGGAUACCGUGUUUGUUCGCUGUCGGGGUUCUGUUCUUCACGGGCGUGGAGUACACGCUCCAGAUGAUUCCCGCGAGGUCUGAGCCGUUCGAUAUUGGUUUUGUGGCCACGCGCUCUCUUAAUCGCGUCUUGGCAUCUUCGCCGGAUCUUAACACCGUUUUAGCUGCUCUAAACACGGUGUUCGUAGGGAUGCAAACGACGUAUAUAGUAUGGACAUGGUUAAUGGAAGGAAGACCACGAGCUACCAUCUCGGCUUGCUUCAUGUUUACUUGUCGAGGCAUUCUCGGUUACUCUACUCAGCUCCCUCUUCCUCAGGAUUUUCUAGGAUCAGGAGUCGAUUUUCCGGUGGGAAACGUGUCAUUCUUCCUCUUUUACUCGGGUCACGUCGCUGGUUCAAUGAUAGCAUCAUUGGACAUGAGGAGAAUGAAGAGGUUUAGACUAGCGAUGCUUUUUGACAUCCUCAAUGUAUUACAAUCGAUCAGGCUGCUCGGGACUAGAGGUCACUACACGAUCGAUCUCGCUGUCGGAGUAGGCGCUGGGAUUCUCUUUGACUCAUUUGCCGGGAAAUACGAAGAGAUGAUGAGCAAGAGACACAAUUUAGGCAAUGGUUUUAGUUUGAUAUCGAAAGACUCUCUAGUCAAGUAAUUUUUGUUUUUCUUGUUAAAAUGUUUAGUUGAACAUAUUGAAUGUAGUUGAAGUCUAAUGAAUUAAAUUUAUUUUCUUUCAACUGA